UCGAGGCGGCGGCGGAGGCGGUGGCGAUGGGCAGCGAGGGUCAGCGGGGCCUGGCGGCGGCCCGGGGUCCCGGGCAGGGUGACCCCCGGGCCCUGCGGAGGGACUGCCAGCACCGGAUCUUCGUCAACCGGAGCCUGGCGCUGGAGAAGAUCAAGUGCUUUGGCUUUGACAUGGACUACACCUUGGCCAUGUACAAGUCCCCUGACUAUGAGGAGCUGGCUUUCGCUCUGCUGCUGGAGCACCUUGUUGCCAUCGGGUACCCUCCUGAGAUCCUGGCCUACAAGUAUGACCCCACCUUCCCCACCCGGGGGCUGGUAUUCGAUGCCCUGUACGGGAACCUGCUGAAGGUGGAUUCCCAUGGGAACCUGCUGGUCUGUGCCCAUGGCUUCCGUUUCCUCAAGGGAGCCGAAAUCCUGCACUAUUACCCCAACAAGUUCAUCCAGCGGGAUGACAUGAAGCGCUUCCACAUCCUCAACACCCUCUUCAACCUCACAGAGGCCCACCUCUAUGCCUGUCUCGUGGACUUCUUCACCAACUGCUCCAGAUAUGUCAACUGUGACACUGGCUACAAGCACGGGAACCUCUUCAUGUCCUUCCGCAGCAUGUUCCAGGAUGUGCGCGAGGCCAUGGACCACGUCCACCUCUCGGGCUGCCUCAAGGAGAAGACGCUGGAGAACCUGGAGAAAUAUGUGGUGAAGGAUCCCCGUGUGCCGCUGCUGCUGAGUCGCAUGAAGGAGGUGGGGAAGGUCUUCCUGGCCACCAACAGUGACUACACCUACACUGACGCCAUCAUGUCCUACCUGUUUGACUUCAGCAAUGAGGACAAGGCUGAUGUCCCACGGCGGCCCUGGAGGUCCUACUUCGACCUGAUUGUGGUGGACACCCGCAAGCCCCUUUUCUUUGCUGAGGGCACCGUCCUGCGCCAAGUGGACACGGACACGGGGAAGCUGCGCAUUGGGACGUACACGGGCCCCCUGCAGCACUGUGCUGUGUACUCUGGUGGCUCGUCAGAUGUGGUGUGUGACCUCCUGGGUGUGAAGGGCAAGGACAUCCUCUACAUGGGGGACCACAUCUUUGGGGACAUCCUGAAAUCCAAGAAGCGGCAGGGCUGGCGCACCUUCCUGGUGGUGCCCGAGCUGGCCCGAGAGCUGCAGGUCUGGACAGAGAAGAGUGAGCUGUUUGAGGAGCUGCGGAGCCUGGAUCUCUUCCUGGCCGAGCUGUACCAGCACUUGGACAGUGGCAGCAGUGAGCGCCCAGACAUCAGCUCCAUCAAGCGCCGGAUCCAGAAAGUCACACAUGAGAUGGACAUGUGCUAUGGGAAGAUGGGCAGCCUGUUCCGCUGUGGCUCGCGUCAGACACUCUUUGCCAACCAGCUGAUGCGCUACGCAGACCUCUACGCUGCCUCCUUCAUCAACUUCCUCUAUUACCCCUUCAGCUACCUCUUCCGGGCUCCCCCUGUCCUGAUGGCUCAUGAGUCAACAGUGGAGCACUCUCACCGGGACUCAGGGGAUGCCGGAACUGCCCUUCCUCCCUGGCUGGCCCAGCAUGGUGACCCUCACCAGCAGGUCCCCCAGGACUCCAGUGGGGAGGAAGAAGAUGAUGGAGAAGCCUGAGCACCCCCCAACUGCCAUGCUGCCCACGGGAGGACAUUCAGUGGCCCUGGACCACUUGCGCUCAUGGCCAGCUGCCACCUCUGGUGGCCACACAGGAUGGCUGGUGGCCCUGACUCCUGGUCCCUGUCACAUCUGUCCCCUGUCCCUGGGCAGUUGGGACCUUCUCCUGACUCUGCCCAGAGCCAGGAGAGGCUCCCCCUCCCCCCCCCCUCCAAGGCUGCUAGCUCCUGCCCGUUUAAUUCAUAUCUGCCUGGUGCCCCUUGAACUCAUUCCUCUCCCACCAGCUUAUUGCCAGCCUGGGGGCAUCCAGCACCAGGGUGAACGGGCAGUGCCACUGCUGCAGCAUCCCUGGCAGCCCCACUGCAAUAGUUGGGCUCCCAGCACCGAAAGCCCCCUGCCCCUUUAGCCUCUGGGCCUGGCCAUGAGCACCGCAGUGCUGGGUGGAUGGGGUGGGGCUCUGCAGGUGACACCUGCUCCAGGGGAACCCCGUGCACCUGCUGUUCCUCUUUUCUUCUUUCUACCCGUUUCUAUUUAUAAAACACCCUCAAAACUCCUGGCACUGCCGAGACAUAAAGUUGGUUUUAAAGGAAAACUGUUUUGUCCCUGCACCUGAGAGCUGGGGGCAAAGGGCAGUCCCCCAGUCCUUGUCCAGCAGCUGGGGCAAGCACAAGCCCCUAGGGAGAAGGUGGCAGCCCUGAGCUAUCCCCAGCUCUGCAGAGGGGCCAGGCCAGGAGCACUGCACAGAGCAGAGCCACCCCGUGCCAUAACUGCUCUGAGACUUCUGCCAGCAUCCCUGGCUCAAUGGAGAUGCUGAGCCAAGGCUGAGGUUGGGAGAGAGCAGGAGAAGAGCGUGACAGGGCCAGGAGCACUGCCUGCUGGGACUGGGUGGGUGACAGCAGGGCUCCCCCACCUUCCACAGCUGCAGGGUGGUCACCGUUCACAGCAGAGAGCACCUGCCAGUGUGGGAAGAUGGACUGGAGAAUAGAGACAGUGCUGAAGGCAAUCACGCCCCUGACAAGUUGCA